AUGUGGUGCAGUCGAAUGGCACUGCGUCGGCUCCAGCGGAUCGCCGUUACUCCUUUGAAUAUCACUGGAGGUCUAACAAGCAGUGCGCAGAGGGAGAUGUCAACCCUGCCACGGGUCUAUGUCACCCGUCAGAUCCCACCUGAGGGCCUGAAGAUCCUCAGUGAAUCUGGACAGGUGCAGUUUGAGCUGUGGGACUCAGAUGACGCCCCCGUGCCCAGGAAGGAGCUGCUUCAGAAGGUCAAAGGUGUUGAUGGUCUGCUCUGCGUGCUGACAGAGAAGAUUGAUGCAGAGUUGUUGGAUGCUGCAGGUCCAAACCUAAAGGUCCUCAGUACCAUGUCAGUGGGUUUUGACCAUCUCUCUUUGGAGGAGCUCAAGAAAAGUGUGUGUGUGUGUGUGUGUGUGUUUUCCUGCAGAGGGAUCCGUGUGGGUUACACCCCUGAUGUUCUGACAGAUUCUGUGGCUGAGCUGACUGUGGCGCUGCUGCUCACAACUUCCAGGAGGCUCAUAGAGGCCACACAUGAAGCCAAGACUGGUGGCUGGGGCACAUGGAGAACUCUGUGGCUGUGUGGACAUGAGCUGGCCAACAGCACUGUGGGUAUCCUGGGCCUGGGGAGGAUUGGUGUGGCUAUCGCUGAGCGUCUGGCACCAUUUAAAGUAAAGAAGUUCAUCUACACAGACGUGGCCCCCAGGCCUGAGCUGGCCAGCAUCAUCAAUGCAGAGUAUGUCUCUUUGGACGAGCUGGCGAAGCAGUCAGAUUUCCUGGCUGUGUGCUGUGCGCUCACACCAGAAACGAAGGAGAUCUGCAACAAGGACCUCUUCUCCAAAAUGAAAAACACCUCCAUCUUUAUCAACACAAGCCGAGGUGGUGUGGUGCACCAGGACGACCUAUAUGAGGCUCUGUCCACUGGGCAGAUUGCUGGAGCUGGAUUAGACGUCACGGUUCCUGAACCCCUGCCCACAGACCACCCACUCUUUACCCUCAAAAACUGUGUAAUUCUCCCACAUAUUGCUAGCGCCUCCUAUACUACCCGUAACGCCAUGUCUGCCCUGGCAGCAAACAACCUCCUCCUGGGUCUGCGAGGUGAGCCGAUGAUCAAAGAACUCAAACUGUAA